UCCGUAUGCAAGACUCAGGGGUUUUUUUGUAUAUGUUACUACCUUUUUUUGUGUUUUGUUCCAGUUCGACGGGUCCCACCGAGAUUCUCAAUCCCCCCCACCAACCAUGAGAUCAUGCCUGGCGGGAGCGUAAAUAUCACAUGUGUUGCGGUGGGGUCACCAAUGCCGUAUGUGAAAUGGAUGCUAGGAGCAGAAGAUUUGACACCUGAGGAUGAUAUGCCAAUAGGGAGGAACGUCCUUGAGCUUAAUGAUGUCAGGCAGUCUGCAAACUAUACUUGUGUUGCUAUGUCUACCCUUGGUGUUAUAGAAGCAAUAGCACAGAUAACUGUCAAAGCCUUACCCAAACCUCCUGGAACACCUGUGGUGACAGAAAGCACAGCAACAAGCAUAACAUUGACUUGGGAUUCUGGAAACCCUGAGCCAGUUUCUUACUACAUAAUCCAGCACAAACCCAAAAACUCAGACGAGCCAUAUAAAGAAAUUGAUGGGGUGGCCACAACACGCUAUAGCGUGGCUGGCCUAAGCCCAUAUUCAGAGUAUGAAUUUCGGGUAGUUGCUGUAAAUAACAUUGGGCGAGGGCCACCCAGUGAGCCUGUGUCAACAAGGACUUCAGAGCAAGCACCUUCGAGUGCCCCACGCAAUGUGCAGGCCCGUAUGUUGAGCUCUACCACCAUUUUGGUACAGUGGGAAGAACCUGAGGAACCUAAUGGACAAAUACAAGGUUACAGAGUUUAUUACACCAUGGACCCCACUCAACACGUCAACAGUUGGAUGAAGCACAAUGUGGCUGACAGCCAUAUUACCACUAUUGGGAAUCUGGUACCCCAGAAAACAUACUCUGUGAAGGUUCUUGCUUUUACUUCUGUUGGGGAUGGACCACUUUCUAGUGACAUUCAAGUCAUCACUCAAACAGGAGUUCCUGGUCAGCCACUGAACUUCAAAGCAGAACCUGAGUCUGAAACAAGCAUAUUACUUUCCUGGACACCUCCACGCUCCGAUACCAUUUCCAGCUAUGAACUGGUUUACAAAGAUGGGGAGCAUGGGGAGGAGCAACGGGUUUCCACUGAACCUACUACGUCUUAUCGCUUGCAAGGCUUAAGGCCAAACAGCUUGUAUGUAUUCCGUCUAGCUGCACGUUCUCCGCAAGGCCUGGGUGCUUCAACAGCAGAAAUCUCAGCGAGAACCAUGCAGUCAAAGCCAUCAGCUCCUCCUCAAGACAUUAGUUGCACAAGCCCCAGCUCCACUAGCAUUUUGGUAAGUUGGAAGCCUCCACCGGUGGAAAAACAGAAUGGCAUUAUCACUGAGUACUCCAUCAAGUACAUUGGGAUUGAUGGAGAAGAUGUCAAGCCCCAUGAAAUUUUGGGAAUUUCCUCGGACAGUACCCAAUACCUUUUGGAACACCUGGAAAAAUGGACUGAGUACCGGAUCUCUGUGACUGCCCACACUGAUGUUGGACCUGGCCCAGAGAGCUUAGCAGUAUUGAUUCGGACAGAUGAAGAUGUUCCUAGUGGUCCUCCUCGCAAAGUCGAGGUAGAGGCUGUCAACUCUACUGCUGUUAAAGUGUCAUGGCGCUCACCUGUACCCAAUAAGCAGCAUGGUCAGAUCCGAGGAUACCAGGUCCACUAUGUGAAGAUGGAAAAUGGAGAGCCAAAGGGUCAGCCCAUGCUGAAGGACAUCAUGCUGGCUGAUGCACAGGAAAUGAUAAUUUCUGGGCUUCAGCCUGAAACUACAUACUCCUUCACUGUGACAGCCUAUACAACAAAAGGUGAUGGAGCACGUAGCAAGCCCAAACUCAUAUCUACUACUGGUGCAG